UCCUGUUCUGGAUCACAUGAAGUAAACUCUUCUACACCAAAUCCACCUGAGAAGUUCUCCCUGAUAAGAAAUAGGAUGGUGUCAUUUCGUCAGCCUUCUGAACCAGAAAUCUCUUGUAUCAUCACCUCAAGCUGCUCAUGGAUGACAUCUACAGAUAGUUUUGGAAGACCAGACUGGGUAUUGUCUUCAGUCAGUGUCCUGGUAUCUCAGGAGAGGCAGCAGCUGCUUCUGGAAAACAGCUCCUCCCAAGGAGGUGUUGAAGGAGGCAUUUUCCUUCUGAACAUGAGUAGGCUGCCAGAUAGAUGCAAGUUCAGCCUGCACAGCCCAAUCCUGCCUGGGAGCGUGGACUCUUGUUUGCUGGAACUAGCUGUAUAUUCACAGGAUGCUGUUCCUCUCCUCCAGAGAUUCACAGUUGAAAUCAGAUAUGUGGACACUAACAGAAAUAUAAUAAUUUCUCUGAAAGUUGGCCAUGAAGAGGAUGCUGGGGUGAAAUGGAAAUCCAUGAUGGCUCAGAUUGGCCGAAUAGAAAGACCGUUUAAAAUCACCUUGCUGUAUUCAAACUGUGGAGCACAAGAGGCUGGACUACUGGCAGUGGGCUCCUUGCAGCUCACAAACUGCUUCCAUGAUAAAGAAAACCCAGAUCUUUCUAUAUACAACAAAGGCUCUUCCUUCCCCUGCCUUCACGGAGGCUGUGUUAGCCACUUACAAAUCUGUGAAUUCAUCAGUGAUUGCCCUACCAAAGAAGUAGAAGGAGUAAGAUGUGAUAGUCUCCCAGAAGGUUCACAUUGCUCUUUUGAAGAGGGUUCAUGUGGCUGGACACUGAAUGAAACUGCAGCAUUUCCUUGGUCUAUCAGUGGCUUUAAUGAAAUGAUUCACAAUGGUUCAUUUGUAGGGUCUACCUUGCAAGCUACUGCAGGACACUUCCUCUAUCUGCGAGCAGAUAGCAAUCAGACAAAUGGCAUCGCCAAGGCUUUCAGUACCAGCUUGCCAGCUGGUAUUGCUACUGAAGAUUACCAGAUCCAAUUCUCAGUGCAUGUUUUUGGCAGCUACAAUGGUACCAUCUCCUUCUCUGUCAGGGAAGAAAAAAAUGGAGUUCCAGUUACCUUGCCAAUGUGGGAAAGAGCAGGGAGCUGGAGCGAUCAUUGGUUUCUCAUCACUUUACCAAUGCCAGUGCUACAGAACAGGUUUCAACUGCAACUCCUGGCAACCUGGGGUUGGAAUUCCCAAGCUGACAUUGCUAUCGACAAUAUUACAUUUGGAAUGAACUGCUUUGCUGAUGGAAGACAGCCAACUCAUUUUAGUGGAAAGCGUCAGUAUCCACGGGAGAUCAGUAGCCCUGAUGAGCAUCUUCUGAAUCCCCUGGAAGAGCCCUCCCUCCCAGGGGACACGUCCGUUGUUCUUUGGUGGUUCUCAACAUGUGGUGCCAGUGGUCCCCAUGGGCCAACUCAAGCUCAGUGUGACAAUGCGUACAGGGGCAGCAAUGUGUCGGUGAUUGUGGUGAAGGAGGGAAGGCUCCGAGGAGUGCAAGUCUGGAGAGUGCCAGCCACAAAUCGAUACAGAAUUUCUGCCUAUGGAGCAGCUGGAGGAAAGGGAGCCAAAAACCACAAUGAGAGGUCCCACGGGGUCUUCAUCUCGGCCACCUUCCAGCUGGAGAAAGAUGAGCUGCUGUACAUCUUAGUGGGGCAGCAGGGGGAGGAUGCCUGCCCUGGGGCCAAUCCUCAGACCCAGAAGAUCUGCUUAGGGGAGUCAUCUGUCAUUGAAGAAGAUUACAAAAAAAAAAAGGACCUGAAGGACUGGGCUGGAGGAGGUGGGGGUGGAGGAGGAGCAACCUACAUCUUCAGACAGAAGGAUGGGAUUUUCGAACCUUUGCUCAUCGCAGCAGGAGGAGGAGGAAAAGCCUAUCUGAAGGCUCAGGACAACUCCUUGGAUGACGUACCUCUGGAGCAGUUUGAGAACAGCACUGCAGUACCGGGAGUCAGUGGAAGAACUGGGGCAGCAGGUGGAGGUGGUGGUUGGCAAGAUGUGACUCUGCUUCCUCAAGCUGGGAAGUCCCUCUUGGAAGGUGGAGAAGGGGGUCAAGCUUGUCACCAAGCAUUAGCCAAGCUCCAGUGGGCUACCUCUGGUGGUUUUGGUGGUGGAGGAGGAGCCUGUACUUCUGGUGGAGGAGGUGGAGGUUACAGAGGGGGGCAUGCCUCUAACAAUGAUGAUAUCACAGCUAGUGGGCAGUAUGGCAUCUCAUUUGUGAAUCCCAUUGGAGAGAUCUUCUUGCAUCCCCUUGCAGCCGUGGAGAAUGAUGGUGAGGUGGAGGUUCAGAUAUACCUUAACUGUAGCCACUGCCACUCAGACAACUGUAAGAGAGACCCUGACACCAACCUACCUGUCUGCCAAUGUGAGAUGGGGGCUGUGCUAGCCAAUGACAAUGUUACCUGCACUGUGCCACAGGGUCAUAUCCCAGAGGGACAUCUGCCUCUCCCACUCCUCCUAGCUGUGGUGGCUGUGAUUGUGGUGCUCGGAAUGAUCCUCACUGGUGGCAGCCUAUCUAUCAUUUAUCACCUGAAGAAACAGCAACUGGAAGGAGCCAGAGCACGACUGCAGAGCCCAGAAUAUAAACUGAGCAAAAUCCGCACAUCAGCCAUCAUGACAGAUUACAACCCCAACUACUGCUUUGCUGGGAAGGCUGCCACUCUGAGUGAGCUGAAGGAGAUCCCACGGAAGAACAUCUCUCUGCUUCGGGCACUCGGACAUGGUGCGUUUGGUGAGGUUUAUGAAGGAACAGUGGUAGGCAUUGCAGGGGAUCCCAAUCCUCUCCAGGUGGCUGUUAAGACACUGCCAGAAGUCUGCUCUGAGCAAGAUGAGAUGGAUUUCCUGAUGGAAGCACUGAUUAUCAGUAAGUUCAAUCAUCAAAAUAUUGUGCAGUGCAUUGGUGUUAGCCUGCAGACGCUGCCUCGCUUCAUUCUGCUUGAGCUCAUGGCUGGAGGAGAUAUGAAAAGUUUUCUUCGACAGAAUCGACCCAGAGCGAAUCAACCAUCCACACUAACAAUGCAGGACCUGCUGAACAUAGCUAGGGAUAUCGCCUGUGGCUGUAAAUAUCUGGAAGAGAAUCAUUUCAUACACAGAGAUAUAGCUGCAAGGAAUUGCCUUCUGACCUGCACUGGAGCAGGUCGAAUAGCCAAAAUUGGUGACUUUGGGAUGGCCAGAGAUAUCUACAGAGCAAGUUACUAUCGCAAGGGAGGAAGAGCCAUGCUUCCUGUCAAGUGGAUGCCGCCAGAAGCUUUUCUAGAAGGCAUUUUUACCUCCAAAACUGAUACCUGGUCCUUUGGUGUUCUUCUCUGGGAGAUUUUCUCUCUAGGCUACAUGCCCUAUCCCUGCAAAACUAAUCAGGAAGUGCUGGAAUUUGUCACCAGUGGAGGAAGAAUGGACCCACCAAAGAACUGCCCAGGGCCUGUGUACCGCAUCAUGACGCAGUGCUGGCAGCACAGCCCAGAAUACCGGCCAAACUUCUCUACCAUCCUGGAAAGAAUCAAGUACUGCACGCAGGACCCUGAUGUGAUCAACACAGAGCUGCCCAUGGAGUGCAGCCCAGCACCAGAGGAUGAAGGGAACACAGUUGUGCGCCCAAAUGUUUCCAGUGGGAUAGUGCCCCUGUUGGUGAGCCCUUCUCUUACACCUCAGAUGACACCUAAAACCCUGGAUUCCCACCGUCCUGGGCAAAAACUUGUACAAUGUCCACAAGAGCUGCUGGUGGAAAACCUCAGCAGCCGGGCUGCUCGAGGGCCCAGCCUGCCAUGCCUCAGUGAUUUCAGCGCAUCCUGGAUCCAGACUUCAAACCAGAAGUUAGAAUUCAGCAAUCCAUCAACCCACAGACUGAAGAACAAAACUAAAAACCUUUGGAAUCCAACCUAUGGAUCAUGGGUGCUAGAGAACGUCUGUCACUUAAGCCCCACCUCCAAACUGAAAGCAACUCCAGAGCGAGAAGAUUCAGGCUUUGAUGGAAAUUGCAGUUCUUCUCCUAGUUCUCGGGCAUCUCCAGCAUCUCCAAGUCGAAGCAACUGCCCUCACUUAGACAUUGGUGGGAUCGAACUGGUGAAACUCCAGACUUUCCCCUGUGGUAAUGUAAAUUAUGCAUAUGAUGAUCUGUGCUAUAGCACUGAUCACCCACCAUCAGUUUUGACAGGGGUCAGAGCAGCUGUGCUAAGGAGCUCCAGUCUGCAUACAGACGAGAAACCUUUUUAUAAAACAGAUAAAGCAGCAAGAGAGAGGGACUCUGGUCUGUCUUUGUCAGAUGAUCUGAGUGUUACACCCGUAUAACAGAAAAGAUUCAUCCAAAUAUCAGAGAAUGUAAGUGUUUCUGGAAGGGCAAACUUGAACUGCUUCUUAUUUCACUUACUUUCUCCAUGUAAGUUCCUUUAGAGGGGUGAUGUUUUGACAUCAGCAAUGAUCUUCUUCCUCCUUCUACCUGCCAGAUCCCCAGAUCAUUACAGACAGUUGCAUUUCUACUUCUGUCCACCGACUGUGUUCCAUUGGACCAACUUAGUUGUAGAGAAAACAGUAUUGCUGCUCUGAAUCAGCAUACAGUACCUAACAAAAGACCUCUUUUUCAAUCAGCUCAGGUGAAAAGAAAUAGACUUAUUGUCCAACCAUAGUGUUUGGAUGGAAAUAAUGACCAACAUAGGCUGCUCUUCUUUCUGACCUUAGAAACCAAAAAUGCAUGCUGUGCCAGCAGUGAGCAACUUGUGAAGACCUGCUGUGUUUCCUUGAGCUUUCUACUGUCCUGAGGACUUGCCUAAUGAUGCUCACAUAGUGACAGGAAAGUAAACGAAUAGCAGCCACAUUUUCAUCUGUUUAAUAGCAGACCGUUUGAAAAACAUGAUGUUACUGCUUAAAUUGGAAGCAGCAAGAAGGAUGAAAAAAAAUCCAGGAUCCUCUGAGCAUGCAUUUUGAAAACAAGCAAUGAAGAGGAAAACAAACUGACGAUUGGAAAAAAAUAGAGAGUGAAGCUGAUGGGAUCUCUUUGAAUAACAAGGAAAAUGUGCUGCUUGCCUCAUGGUGUUGUGUUCUUCACUGCUCCUGGUGUGGAAGGGGCAGGCGGCUUUCCAAGAAAGAGUGAGCUGACGGGGGUGAUGGGAAAUGGACUAUCUUCAUCUUUUAAUGGACUUUAUUUGGGAUGGACUUCAUUUUUGUAAGUACUUUGAUACAUGGCAGUAAUUUCCUGUGCUAUGAUGAUAAGCGUUACUCAUGUUCUAAGGUAAUGGUAGAAUUUGGUAGGCUGUAGCUGGUUGCAAUUUUCAUAUCUACUUCUUUGAAGUAGAAACAGAGUAAUGCAAGGGAGCAGAGUGCAGACAACCUGCUUAAUACAGACAUCGCCCAAUACAACGCCCCUUUUACAGCAAGGCAAAAUAGCUCAGCCACUUCAGAAAGCUGUAACUAUGACGUUGCUUCACACACAGAUUGUCUUUCUCUUUAACCUUUCUAGCAUACAGAGUUGCUGGUUAAUGUAGUUGAUUUUUUGCAAAACUAUUUCUAAGGCUAUUUUCCGUUAUGUAGGGUCUAAACAGAUGCUUACUGGUUAAAGCCUGGAGCCUGGAAAAGUAAAUAACUUGGUUUAAGCCUGAGCAGUCUCACAUAUUUUGUACCUGUCCCACUCCUGUGUUGUGCAUGACCAACCUGCAGUGGCAAACUACAUGCUGCCUUUACAUGUAAUCAAGUUGUGUGCCACGAUGUUGGCUAUAGAUUCCAUCUUGUUCUCUUCCAAAAGAGAUGAGGUGCCCCAGUACAAGCUACACACAUAGGAAAUAGCUGUAUGCAUACAGUGUAAAGAUGUGGUUUAGCAGGAUAGAGAUUGCUUUGAAGACAAACUUCAUUUCCUCUAUGUCUCUGAGGGCAGGAUACUCUGAUAUGUCGUACUGAAUAGCACAGAGUGGAGAGUUGUGAAUCCAUCCUUGUCAGUGGAGUGCUUUUUCAGUUCAGGUUUAAUGCUUUCCUUAUCUGGCUUUGUACUUGUUCCCAGCUUCCUGUAGUCUUAGACCUUAAGCUUGAGAAUGAGUAGUUUUAUGUAUUCUGAUUUCCAGAUCCUACUGACGAUGAUGAUUCUUUUAGCAGUGAGCUGUAUAGCAUGGAAAAAAUUCCAAAUCCACGUUGUGAAGUUACAAGUUAUCAGCGUGGUAUUACUCAUGCUUUUAGCCCAUUGUCUGUCCUACCUUACAUCCAGGAACUGCUACAGCCAGGUUAGACGAGGUAGAUUUAGCAGGAAAUUAGGGUACUCAUCCUUUCCCCUUGUAGAGGCUAACAUUUCUGGUUAUGUCGCAGGCAGCCCACCUCUGCAACCUGCUUGUCAAGAAUAAACAGACCUAAUCUUGGCUGGCUGGAUUACAGCAGCUCAUCUAUAUACAAUAAUGUUAGCAUUCCAGUGAGAAGCAGGCAGGAUCCCUGCUGAGCUCACUUUGAGCUACUGUUGUUUUUCACAUAUGCAGCAUUUGCUUCAACUUCAUUCAUAAAUUUAGAGAAGCCAAUAUUGAUAAAACUACAUGAGGCAUUGAAAAGUAAAGUGACAAAAGUAAAGCGAGAGCAGAGCAAAGUCGGAACUAUAGUUUCCACUACUCACCAGUGCUACAGGUGGGUCUUGCAUGCAGCUUAAUUUAUUCACAAAAUGUAAGCAAGUCCAUCAGUCUAGCACUUCGGACAACACAGAUGUUUUCAAUGAAUAGUUAAGUCAGUAUACUUAUAUAUACAGGAAGAACAGGGAAAAAGCUCCACUGAACUACAGUAAACCUCCAUCCAAGCCCAGUAUCUUAUCUCUAAUAGUGACCAAUAGGGUGUUGAAGGGCACUUGCAAGAGCAGAAUAAGCAUGCAGUUAUUAUCCCUUACAUGUAUGUUGUUAGUUUACAACAGCAUGUAGCUCAGGGUGUACUGAGUCAGAUGCAGUGUCUCCUAACAAGACAGAAGGUGGAUCUGCGCAGACCAAAUGGGCACUGAAAGAACUGGCUGAGAACUUUAAGCAUCUGCAUUAGCAACAUGCUUUUUAUGUGUUCUUACCUCCCUCAAAUAGAAAUAAAGGUAAGCAAACUUCUGUCAACACAGACACCAUCAAUCUCUGACCCGUAAUAGCUUUUCUGUGUUUAUCUGAUCUCUUAGAUGCUUUUCAAAAACCUCAUAGUAAAAAUUUUAAAUGACAAUACAGGAGGAAAUAAUGCUAACACUGCUCCUACUGCGAUACAAUAAGCUGUCCAAAAUAGGUUUAUUAAAAAGAAAAAUAACUCUAAAUGAUGUAUACUACAACCAAGCACUAAUUCCUACAAUUCUUAGACUGUUAAUACAACCACAGAUUUCAGUGUCCAAAUUUUUCCAUUUCAAAAUACCACUUACUUGAAAUAGUCUUUUAAGGAGAUGCACAGUGCAUAAUGAAUGAGUUUAACCCAUACUGUCAAAAUUAGAUUACCUGGGCAACUAAAACCCAAAAAACCGAUUUUGUUACCGAGAGGAAUGACUCGAGCUGGAGACUGGCAUUAUUUAGUCACGUAAUCCAUACGGAAAGUCUUCCAACAGCUCCCCAGUGAAGAAUCAGCCCUGUAUAGGAAUACUAUAAAUUGUUCUUCCCUUUGGGUGUCUACAUUUUAACAAAGACUAUCUACCACCUCAGUUCUAGAUGUGUGUAUAUAGAGAUGUUUUUUUCUUCUGGAUUUUGCAUUAGUACUUUAUGUUCCUUCAUGCAGCCUCACACCUACAUUAUAAGAGAACUGUAAUAACAAAAAAUGAAAUAAUUUGUCUAUUUUUUCUUUUCACAUUUCUCUCCUCUACUUCCAGAGUUUUGCAUCUUCAUUUUCCCUUUAAACAGGCAGAAUUUUUAACUGUGCACAGAUUUAAGGUUUCCGCUUAUAUCAACCCUUUUCCCCAGGUAAAUUCUCCACUUACUUGCCAGCGGGCUGGUGUACACUGAGACAGUUGCACAGAUAUAAUUACAAAGAUAUGGGCUUUUGCAAGUAUAACUUAUUCCACCUCCAAUACCCUCCUACUCCUUACCUGAAAAAACACAACUCUGCUGCUGGGAAUAUGGUUUUCCCCAAAGUACGUGCAUCUCUGCAGCAGUGUGAGCCAGGAACCACUCUUCUUCAAACCGCUGAGCAGCAGCGCUAUGCCAGACAAGUUCUCUCCUGCAGCUGUGGCAUUGCUCUUCCUGCUCCUAGCUGCCUACCCUUCCCAAUCUGAUGCAGAGACCUUAGGCAUGACAUCACUAACAUCUGCUAGUCUCAUCACACGACACUUUUGCUUAAUUGAACCAGUUCUGAUUUGUCGUUACCUCUGAACACAGCAGCACUUCUUGUCAACUUACCUUUUUGGGUGACUACUGUGCAUAAAUAGAUGACAAGCCUGCUUCUAUGCAAUUUCAAGUUGGACAAAUGUAUACUUUAUAUUUGCAACACAAAAUAAAGAGACGCCAGUGCUGACU